AUGGCCGACUCUAAAUUCCAUCCGGCUCUUGCCGUCUCGAAUAUCAAGAACCACGUCUCCAUUGUUCUUGAGAUGGAAACGGACAACUACGAGGCCUGGGUCGAGUUAUUUAAGCUUCAUGCACGAUCACAUAGGGUUCUUGCCCAUAUCAUUCCUCCGGCAGAUGGGAAAGAACCACCCCGUACGACCAAGGACGAGAAGGAAUUGUGGUCCACGCUUGAUGCUAUUGUCCUCCAAUGGAUUUAUGUUACAAUCUCGACUGGUCUGUUUCUCACUGUGAUUGAACCCGACUCCACGGCUAUGGAAGCAUGGGAUAGGCUACGUGAAUUGUUUCAAGACAACUGUAACUCUUGCGCAUUGGCUAUUGAGCAUGAUUUCUCUCAUGUCAAAAUGCGGGAUUACCCUAAUGUGCCGGCAUAUUGUCAACGCCUGAAGUCCUUGUCAGAUCAGUUAAAGAGUAUUGGUGCUCCUGAUUCUGGAAGCCGUCUUGUGCUGCAACGUGUUUUGGGUCUUAGCGAAGCCUACAAGACUGUUGGUACCAACAUCAGACAAAGCAAACCACUGCCCUCUUUUACAGAAUCUUGCUCAAGUCUUCGUCUGGAAGAAAAAGCGUUGGCUGAGAUGUACGAGGACUCUCAGUCCGCUAUGGUGGCUGCGUCUUCGAGGGAGUUUGAUGACUCCCCUUCUUAUGGUGAGCAUUCGGGUCAUAAUAAGGGACGCAACAAGCACUCUAAAGGGCACAAUUCUGGUAAGAAAAACGGUGGUGGUGGUCGUGGUAACGGCGGCGGCAAGUCUGGCCGCGGCGGUGGUGGCCGUGGCAACGGCGGGAAUCCGGCAGCGCUUCCGGUGCAGUAG